AUGCCUGCCCUCCAGCUUUCUGCUAUUGCUCGUCCAGACUGGGUCAGCGCUGCUGAGCAGCGACUCUAUGCCCUCCUUACGACCGGCCAGCCUGCGGCAACCGCAGUGGACAUCCUCGUGGCGGAGCUUGCUGACACCUUGCGCAUCACGGUGGAGCAGGCGCAUGUCCUUUCCUGA